GUGCGGGGCGGCAAGUGCGGGGCGGCGGCGGGUCGCGAUGCUGCGGCGGAAGCCGACGCGCCUGGAGCUGAAGCUGGACGACAUCGAGGAGUUCGAGAGCGUCCGCAAGGACCUGGAGGGCCGCAAGAAGCAGCGGGAGGAGGCGGAGGCGGCGGGGGAGGAGGCGGCGGGGAUGGCGCUGGGCGCCGAGCACAAGAGCCGGGAGCAGAUCAUCAGCGACCGCAUCGGCUACAAACCGCAGCCCAAGGCCGGCAGCCGCGCCGCGCACUUCGGCUCCUUCGAGUUCUAGCGGCGGCCCCGGGAACCGGGGACCGGGCCGGGA